GCUGCCCCAGAAGCCAAGUCAGGGAAAAAGCGAAGAAGAGGGGGAGACCCUGAGGGGUUCCGGGGAAGGUGUGGCGCGGGGAUCUUGGAGUUGUAGCCGUCAUGACCACCUCCCAAACGAAGAAGGACCCUCUCCUCCGGGGUGUAUCUCCCACCCCGAGCAAGAUUCCGGUUCGCUCAAAGAGACGCCCGCCUCUCCCCACACUCAAGCCCUGCGACUUGGACCGGGAGAACCAGGAUCCAAAGAGAUUGGAGCAGAAGUUCAGUACUCAACGUCCCCUUGUUGACUCAGCAGGCCCCAGGCCAAAAGCCACACAUCAAACACAAAAAUCAGAGAGAUUGGUGGGGAGCACCCUGCUUCGGAAACCAUUGGAGGAGCUCAGGCCGAGCCCUAAGGAACAAAGUGUGGGGCCUGGGCCCCCUCCCCAGAAAGAGAUUCCAGGGGCCAUAGAGUUUGUGGCUGACCCUGAGGCCCUGGCUACCAUCCUGUCAGGUGAGGGGGUGAAGAGCUGUCCCCUGGGGCGCCAGCCCAGUCUGGCUCAGAGAGUACUGGUUCGAGGGAGCCAGGGAGGCACCAUCCGGAGGGGCCAGGGUACCCGCGCCUCUACAUAUUUGGCUCCCAGAACCCCCCAACACCGACUAGACCCAGCCAGGGCUUCCUGCUUUUCGAGAUUAGAGGGACCAGGACCCCGCAGCUGGACCCUGUGCACCCAGAAGCUAGAGGCUGUGAUUCCACCUUCAGGACCUUCAUUUGACCCCUCUGCUCGCCCCAGCUUCCAGGAGCUAAAAAGAGGGACAGGUGGCAGCAGCCGGACUGCAGUGAGCCAGGGAUUGCACCUGGAGACCCCAGUCCAGCCUGCUUCCUCUCUCCUGGAAGGAGAACGUGAAGUAGUCACUCACUCAGAUGAAGGAGGAAGGGGCCCUCCUGGUCUGGCCCAGUGGGUUCCAUUAAGAGAAAGCCGGGAGCUAACCCACACCAAGGACAGCCCUGACUGCCACCUGAUGCCCUCCCCUGGCCCUGUCCUGCUACCAUCCAUCCCCCGUCCAUCCCCCUUUGGAUUGGCUAAGCGUGUUCCCUCCCCUGGCUCCUCAGCUCCGCCCUCAUAUUCAGUGUUGCGGCGUCUUGCCAUUCGCCCCAAAACCCAGUUCACACCCAUCCCAUCGGCCCCCAAAGUUCAGCAGGCUCAAUGUUUGAGUGGCCUCUCUCCUCAGUCUUGCCCUGAAGAGCCUGCCCUGCCCUGGGAGCAGAUUGCAGUCCGGCUAUUUGACCAGGAGAAUUGUAAAAGGUUACAGGAGGGGUCUGGGAAACCACCUAUGGCAACUCCUCAUGGGCCCCACCCUAGCAGGACCCCCAACCUCCAAGAGCUGAAGAUGCAGCGCAUCAGUAUCCUGAAGCAGCUUUUGCAACAGGAGGUAGAGGGGCUGGCAGAGAGCAAGUGUGCCCCUCUUAAUGGAGGCUCCUCUCUGGAUAUGGUUGAACUUCGGUCCCUGCUGGCAGAGAUUCCUAGAACUCUGAAUGCCCCAGUGCAGAAUUCUGGGGCUUUCCGCCUUCCUGAACCGUUACAGCACUCUGGACUGCCAAAGCCCUGCUUUCCAGAGGAGUGUGGGGAACCACAGCUCUGCCCUGGAGCAGAGCCUGAGGCAGCUCGGCCCUGCCCUCCGGCAGAGCCAGGGCCCCCAGAGCCCUGCCAUAGCAGGGAGCCUGAGAUACCAGAGCCUACCACCCAGAAACAGCCUGAGGUAUCUGAGGCCUGCCCUCCCGUAGAGCCUGGAUCUGUCCAGCCCUGCUCCCAGGGGCAGGCUGGACUUCCAGAGCCCUCCCCUCGGGUAGAGCCUGAGGCUUCAGAGGCCUGCUCUCUGGAACCUCGGAGCACAGAGCCUAGUCCACAGUCCUGCUGCGGUCAGUGGGCUCCAGCGACCACCAGUGUGAUCUCCUCUCAACGCCCAUUUUGUGCCAGCCCCACUAUCCACUCACUCCAGUCUCUGAGGCCCCCAGCAGGCCAGGCAGGCCCCAGCAGUCUGGCUCCUCGAACCCUGGCCCUGAGGCAGCGCCUCAAAGCAUGUCUGACCGCCAUCCACUGCUUCCACGAGGCGCGCCUGGAUGAUGAGUGUGCCUUCUACCCCAGCCGAGCCCCUCCCUCAGGCCCCUCUCGUGUCUGCACCAAUCCUGUGGCCAAGUUAUUGGACUGGCAGGACGCCCUGUGUUUUAUUCCAAUUGGUUCUGCAGCCCCUCCAGACUCUCCAACAUGAAGCACCCACUUCCACCUGUUCCUGCCCUGUCUUGAUCCUUCCUUUUAGCCCUUAUUUAUUGUCGGUCCACCCUGUGGGAUUGGGAGUCGGGGAGUCGACACCCUUUUAUCCUUCAAUAAAGUUUCUAAAGUGUCUGAA